GGAAAACUUUUAGUCCCGCGGCCGGUGUUUACUGGGCUCAGCUGAGCGAGACAGCGCAGCACACAGUGACAACGCCAGCCACCCCUAGUUCACAUCUCGCAGCAGUACGUUGUGGUGUAGUGUGCCAUCACUCUCCGCCAAUGGAACCUCUUUACCAUGGAACCUGAUAGUGAAAAAUUCUGGUAUGUGCACAGCUGUGACUUGGAUGUCAGUAUACAAGUGAAAAUCGGUACUUUAGAUGGAAGGAGAGAGAAGCCAAACUACGAGGAUCUGUUGAAGGAUCCUUUACUCAAGCACUCUGGGCUGCACCAGGCGAGCUGCUCAGACCUAUAUGUGACCUGCCAGGUGUAUUCCGAUGGUAGAGAAUUAACGCUGCCAGUACGCACCUCCUACAAGUCUUUCUCUACUCGAUGGAACUGGAAUGAAUGGCUAACACUCCCUCUUAAAUUCAGUGACUUGCCUCGAAAUGCUGUCCUAGCGCUCACCAUUUAUGACUGUUAUGGUCCUCGUCGUAGUGAACCCAUCGGGGGCACCACCAUAUCUUUCUUUGGAAAACAUGGGGUCUUCCGCCAAGGCCUCCAUGACCUACGGGUGUGGCCCAACUGUGUGGCUCACCCUGAUAACACCCCAGGCAAAGUUCAGGACCCAGGCAAGGACCAGAUGCAGCGCCUUGCCAAGCUUGCCAAGAAGCAUAGGAAUGGCCAGAUGAUGAAAGUGGAUUGGCUAGACCGUCUUACUUUCCGAGAAAUUGAACUGAUCAAUGAGAAUGAGAAGCGUUCCUCCAACUCAAUGUAUCUGAUGGUGGAGUUCCCGAGGGUGGAGCAUGAGGGUGUCAUCUACUCUGUGGUGUGGUGGGAACGUGGUGACCAAAACGAGUAUGAACAUCACACUAGUGGAAACAUCGUGCGCAUUCCAGAUCCAGAAAUUGCCCUGGAGAACCUUCAGGAGGCCAAGCACCACCGCCUGGCCAGGUCUCUCAGGUCAGGAGUGACAGACAAAGACCUGAAGCCAAAUCUGUCAAUCCGUGACACCCUUCAUGUGAUCAUUGAGUACCCGCCCACCAAGCAGCUAACCAGUGAUGAACAAGACAUGGUGUGGAAGUACAGAUUCUACCUCAGCAACCAAAAGAAGGCUCUCACCAAGUUCCUGAAGGGUGUAAACUGGAAACUAUCUGGGGAAGCUAAACAAGCCAUAGAACUGCUGGGCAAGUGGGCUCCUCCUGAUGUUGAUGAUGCCCUGGAGCUGCUCGGGCCUGGAUUUACUCAGCCUGAGGUGAGGCGCUAUGCUGUGGAGCGCCUCAGUUUGGUGGCUUCGGAUGAAGAUUUGCUGCUCUACCUCCUCCAGUUGGUGCAGGCACUCAAGUAUGAGGCUCUGGAUAGUGUUGACAUGAGCCUGUGUGAUGUUUCCCAUUACUCCUCCAGUGACACUAGUGGUGGCACAGGUCAGGCUGAGGACACUACUUCUGAGCACUCAGCACAGCAAGACAAGAUGGGGAGCUCUGCUGGCUCAACGGGUGCUAACCUCACUCAGUCAACAUCCUCAUCGCUGGAGGAGAGUGAGGCUGCUACUAUUCAGCGGUCACCCUCAUCCUCACUCCUUGCAGAACCUGACAGCUCUGAUCCAUCAGCUGCAGCAACAGACUCUGUACUCCUUCCUGAGUUGGCAGAAGUAGAGGCAGAGCUGGACUUGGCCUCCUUCCUGAUCCAACGGGCAUGUAGGAACCCCACUCUGGCUAAUUAUCUCUAUUGGUACCUCUUGGUGGAAUGUGAGGACCAAGAAGUUGGGCUCAAACAUGAUGCCAAGGUUCGGGAGAUGUACCUGUGGGUGCUGCGGCGCUUCAAGUUGGCUCUCCAGCAAGGGAGUAGAGAGGCCCGGCUCACCAGGAUGUCCCUCACCAGGCAGCACCACUUUAUGGAUCAGUUGGUGUCUCUUGUUAAAACAGUGUCAAAGGAGAGUGGAAAUCGGAUAAAGAGGAUAGAAAAAUUGCAGGGGAUCUUGGCAGACCAUGAAAAUGCAAAUUAUAACUUUGCCACUUUUGAUCAGCUGGCACUACCAUUAGACCCAGAUAUGCAAGUGACGGGCAUCAUCCCAGAACGUGCAACACUCUUUAAGUCUGCUCUGGAGCCCUGCCGCCUUACCUUCAAGACUGCCAUGGGUGGGGAGUAUGUUGCCAUCUUCAAGCAUGGCGAUGACUUGCGACAGGACCAACUCAUUAUUCAGAUCAUCACGCUAAUGGACAGACUUCUGAGACGUGAAAACCUUGACCUUCGGCUUACUCCCUACAAGGUCUUGGCCACCAGCAGCAAACAUGGCUUUGUCCAGUUUAUUGAGUCACAUGCUGUUGCAGAUGUCCUGCGUACAGAGGGAGGAAUCCAAAAUUUCUUUCGGCGUCAUGCCCCUUCAGAGACUGGUCCCUAUGGUAUUGCCCCGGAGGUGAUGGACACCUACAUUCGCUCCUGUGCUGGCUAUUGCGUCAUCACCUACCUGCUCGGCAUUGGGGACCGUCACCUGGACAACUUGCUCCUCACACGCAAUGGAAGCCUCUUCCACAUUGACUUUGGGUACAUCCUUGGCCGGGAUCCCAAGCCUUUACCUCCGCCAAUGAAGCUGAGCCGAGAGAUGGUGGAGGGCAUGGGUGGAGCUCAUUCUGAUUUUCACCUGGAGUUCCGCAAACUGUGCUACACCGCUUUCCACCAGCUACGACGUCACUCCAACCUCAUCCUCAACUUGUUCUCCCUCAUGGUGGAUGCCAAUGUGCCAGACAUUGCCCUGGAACCAGACAAGACGGUACGGAAAGUAGAGGACAAGUUCCGGCUAGAUCUCUCAGAUGAGGAGGCAGUGAGCUACAUGCAGGGACUGAUUGAUGACUCAGUGAAUGCUGUUGUGGCAGCAGUGGUGGAGCAACUACACAAGUUUGCCCAGUACAUCAGGAAGUGAGAGAGAGAGAGAGAGAGAGAGAGAGAGAGAGAGAGAGAGAGAGAGAGAGAGAGAGAGAGAGAGAGAGAGAGAGAGAGAGAGAGAGAGAGAGAGAGAGAGAGAGAGAGAGAGCCUGCCUGCCUGCCUAAUUAAUAUUGACUUCAGUAUAUCUUUUCUAUUUUUUACCUGACUGUGUUGUGCAUGAUGAGUGUAUGCUGAUUCAAUGCAUUUACUACUACAAGUGCAGUUGUUCUAGUCCGUCUGUUCUAUCUGUCACUGGGAAGCCUAGCUGAAUUAAUAGUAGUUAUGUGAACUAUGCAAGUGUAAGGCCAAGUGAUGAUUGGCUACUGCCAUAUGUACAGGAUAACAUGUCAGAGUUUCUAGUAGUAACUUGUGUUAAACCCUGUAUAAAUGACUGGGUAACCAAUCACCAUUUUGCCUCAAACUUGCAUAUAUACAUAAACUUGAUUUUUUGUACUGUGGUUAUUCAUACAAUCAUAAAAUUUAAGCCUAUGUAUCAUUGUAAACAUUACAGACAGCAGCACCACCACCACCAUUGUUCCAUCACAAUGCCUCCUCAGUAAAGUGAACUGUAUAUAGUAGUAAUAAUUAUUAAACGAUGAUAAUGAUACUGAAUUUAGGAAGUAGUGUGUGCAUAGACAAAAGAUAUAUGAUGGUGGUAGUGUUGCCUUAUGUACUGUACUUGACGGCAACUACAGAUAGGUUUAAAUUCUGUGAUUCUUUAAAAAUUAAAUUAUACAAAACUAAUUGCAAUUUAAAUUGAAGUAAAUGUGAAAUAUAUGGCAGUAGACAACUGGUGUUCUUGAGCUUAGGCCCACACAACUUGCACAGUUAUGCUUCCAUUGAUAAACAGCCUGUAGAAAAAAAGUUUUCAUUGAAGUUAUUACAUUAGUAUAAAAAUUUACAAACAAUGAAUAAAAUGCUUUUGCAAAUUAAUUUGACGAGUCUUGGAGAAUUACUUUGAAGCAUUACUAAUUGUGAAGCAACAUACUUUAAUAAGGCAUUUAGAAAUUGUAAAGAGCAGCAAGUUCACUUUUGAUGUACAUAUAUGAUUGAAAGUAUGAAAUAAUCCAUUUAGUUUAAUGAUUCAAAAGUAUGUAUUUAAGAGUGACAAUGAUAUUGAUUGGCUUGUGUAACAAUGAAUGAUUUAUAGGCUUGUGUAACAGUGAAUGAUUUAUAGUGACAAUUUAUAGGCUUGUGUAACAGUGAAUGAUUUAUAGUGACAAGUGUGACUGGCAAACAGUUAGGAGUUCAGAAAACUGUGCACACAAAGACUCGUGCAGUCAUAUUAUUCAUGUGUACAAGGCAGUUUUAUAUCCAAGAAUUAUGUUAUAAAUUGUUUAAUAAAUACUGUAUUUCUAAAAUGCAA